GUGGUUUUGGGUGUACGCUGGAAAUUUGGUGUACGCACUUUUGAUAAAUGAGGGCCAUUCUGAGUAAACAGCAAUACUGGCAGGUCUCACCUUGCAGUGACUUGUUCCUGAUUACAAAGUAUAUCAGCAUUCCAACACCCAAACCGUAGCUAAGGAAUUAUAAACAGUUUUCUGAUAGCCAAGAUCGAUUGAGAACGUUUCGAGGGCAGUGCAGUGUUGUAAUUCAAACACUACCUACUGAAGACACCUAUUUGGAGAAAGGAAGACCUGAAUUGGACAAUAACCAUUGAUUGGUGAGAUACACUGUGACAGCUUUCAGCUUUGUCCUUAGAAGCUCUGCCUGUCCACAACGCCUACCAUUUCCAAUGGAAUCAGUGUCUGUGGCCAACAACGAGUUCUCCCUGGACCUGUUCAAGAAGAUCACAGAGAAAAACAAAACGGGCAAUGUCUUCUACUCCCCCCUCAGCAUCUCCUCUGCUCUGGCCAUGGUGUCUCUGGGGGCCAGGGGUAACACCGUGACCCAGAUGUCAGAGUCCCUGCACCUCCACAAAACCAAGGAUGAUGUCCAUGUUGGCUUUAGUAAACUCAUGAGUGAACUGAACAAGGAAGGAACCCUGUACGAACUAAGGAUAGCCAAUCGCCUGUAUGGAGAACAGUCUUACCAGUUUGUAAAGACUUUCCUCCACAACACCAAAAAACACUACAAUGCAGAGUUGGAGGCUGUAGACUUCAAGUCCAAUGCAGAGACUGUUAGACAGAACAUCAACACCUGGGUGGAGAAGCAGACCGCAGAGAAAAUCAAGGACGUGUUGCCAAAGGGGAUUGUUGACCAAAUAACCAGACUAGCCUUGGUAAACGCCAUUUACUUCAAGGGCAAUUGGGAGAAGAAGUUCAGUGAGACCAGGACCAGAGAUGCCAACUUCAGACUUAAUAAAAAUGACAGUAAGCCAGUAAAAAUGAUGUACCAGAAGGCAGAGUUCCCCAUAAUGAUGAUCUAUGAGGCCAGGUCCCUUGUUCUGGAGAUGCCCUACGAAGGGAACCAGCUGAGCAUGCUUAUCAUGCUUCCUAAAGACAUUGAGGACGACACCACUGGUCUGGAGGAGCUGGAGAAACAACUGACUUAUGAGAACUUUGUGCAAUGGACCAGGCCUGACUACAUGAACACAGUGGAGGUUGAGGUGGGACUUCCCAAGUUCAAGCUGGAAGAGAGCCUGGACCUGAAGGAGACUCUGGGCAGCAUGGGCAUGAUAGAUGCCUUCGACAACUCUAGGAGUGACUUCUCGGGCAUGUCACCAAACAACGACCUAGUUCUGUCCAAGGUGGUGCACAAGGCCUUUGUGGAGGUCAAUGAGGAGGGCACAGAGGCAGCAGCUGCUACGGCCGCUAUCAUGGCGCAGAACUGUGCCCUGAAAAUACCCCCGUUCAUUGCCGACCACCCCUUCCUCUUCUUCAUCCGCCACAACCCCACCCAGAGCAUUCUGUUCUCCGGCCGCUACUCUUCCCCUUAGACAUUUUUUGAACAUUAAUGUGGAAGGUACUGAAGGGUACUGAAGUAAUUAAUUACAGCAACUAUAUUAAUAUGCCACUUGUUAGCUAAGGGUGUAACGGUACGCAAAAGUACGAUUUUGGAACGGUGGAAAACAUAAAAGUUCUUUACAUUUUUAUAAAUUGUUUAUAGAAGUUAUAAACUUUGCCUAUUGCCACUCUAGUUAAAGCUGCACUAGGUAUGAUUUUUUCAUACCUAGUGUGAGUAUUUGCAAAUACUCACAGGUCAGAAAGCGUUUCCCCACCAAUGCUUGAUAGAGAAUGAAAAAUAAUAUGAAAAAUAGAAUUACCUGUUCCAAAGUUCAAUGUUAUUGUUAGCCUUGAUAACGUUUGCUUAGGGUUCCUGGUUGCUAGUUAUAGAGAGCUAGUCUAUUUUGCUUCUUUGCAGUUUUCCUAAUGUAUGCUGUGGUAGACAUGGGAGGAAUUGGCAGUUUGUCAUCCUGGUCUCUAGCUGCCAUUAUAGUUUCUUACAGUAAGAAAA